UGCAUGUGGUAGAAUUUCACAAAAGGAUAAAACAAAUACAGCCCACAUUCAUAAAUGUGAAUGCCUAAAUUACAUAUGAUUGUGCCACCACCGCUCCUUCGUCAGCCAUACAAUUACAAUCACAAUUCUUGUAUAAAUAGGUCUGCUCUGAGCUUAUGUAUUCAUGCAUGUACUAGCUAAGCUACUGAAGUAAAAACUAAUUAAAAUUAUUUGAGUUAUAUGCAAGGAAUUAAGUGUUUGUAGAAGAAAAAAAACUGUAGGAAACAUGGAGAUUGGAGACAAAAAGAAGAGCACAAGUUCAUAUAAGCUAUACUGCUUCACCAAAUGCUUUCAGACUCCGUCGACUCAAGAAAUGGAACCUGCAGAAAAGAAGAAGCAGCCUGGAGGAUGGAGAGCCAUGCCUUACAUCUUAGGAAAUGAGACUUUUGAAAGGUUGGCUACAUUCGGAUUGUUAGCAAACUUUAUGGUAUAUUUGACAACGGAAUUUCACAUGGAACAAGUUUUUGCAGUAAACCUUAUCAACAUAUGGUCUGGUAUUACCAAUUUUGCACCUCUUAUUGGUGCUUUUAUCUCUGAUGCGUAUAUUGGCAAGUUUCGGACGAUAGCUUUUGCUUCUUGUGCCGCCAUCUUGGGAAUGGUGACUGUGACCUUAACAGCAUGGUUACCCAAUCUUCACCCUCCAAAAUGCCACCUAGAAAGCUUAUCAGCUAAUAAUUGCAAGACUCCCACAACACUUCAACUGGCGGUUCUAUGCAUGGGAUUAGGGCUAUUAUCUGUAGGAACAGGGGGGGUCAGGCCAUGCAGCAUUCCGUUUGGUGUCGAUCAAUUUGACCCUACGACCGAAGAAGGCGUAAAAGGAAUUAGCAGCUUUUAUAAUUGGUAUUACACUUCGUUUACUGUGGUUAUUUUGAUCACUUUAACUGUUGUGGUGUAUAUUCAAGAUUCUGUGAGCUGGGUCAUUGGAUUUGGAAUCCCAACUGUGCUUAUGCUUUGUUCUAUUAUUCUCUUCUUCGUUGGAACCAAAAUUUAUGUUCAUGUCAAGCCUGAAGGUAGCAUUUUUUCUGGGCUUGCGCAAGUUUUUGUUGCUGCUUAUAAAAAGAGAAGGCUUCGGCUUCCUCGUGACCAUGACGGGACUUUGUAUGAUCCUCCGCCGGUGAAGAUUUCUGAAUUGUCAAAGCUUCCUCUUACCAAUCAGUUCAGGUUCUUAAACAAGGCCGCUAUCAUAGAAAAAGGUGACAUAAACUCAGAUGGUUCUUGUGCAAAUGAGUGGAGGUUAAGUAGCAUCCAGCACAUAGAAGAAGCGAAAUGUUUGUUCAAAAUUGGAGCAGUAUGGGCAUCUGGUAUCGUCAGUUUCACUUCCAUGUUGCAGCAAGGAACUUUUACAGUCUCACAAGCACUCAAAAUGGACAGGCAUAUCUUCGGCCACACAAAGUUUCAAAUCCCGGCCGGAUCAAUGGCAGUUUUUUCCAUGAUAACAAUAGGAAUAUGGCUUCCAUUCUACGACAGGAUCCUCGUUCCUUCUCUCCGAAAAAUCACUAAACGCGAAGGCGGAAUCACACUUCUCCAGAGAAUUGGAAUCGGGAUUGUAUUCUCCAUUCUAACCAUGCUAGUAGCCGGGGUAGUCGAAAGGCAUAGAAGGGCUGCAGCCAUAUCGAACCCUGGUUCCCCCGUGUCGGUCAUGUGGCUAGUUCCUCAGCUUGUAGUCAUGGGUCUAUGUGAAGCAUUCAAUAUCAUUGGCCAUCUAGAAUUUUAUAACAAGGAGUUUCCUAACCAUAUGAGAAGUAUAGCCAACUCGCUAUUCUUUUGCUCCUUUGCUGGUGCAAGCUAUCUUAGCACACUUGUGGUUUCGGUUGUGCAUAAAGUUACGGCAACUCGAGAUCGCCCUGACUGGUUAACCAAUGAUAUAAAUGCUGGAAAAUUGGAUUACUUUUACUUCCUUUUAGCUGGAAUGGGAACCCUUAAUUUAUUCUAUUUUCUCUUCUUUGCUAACCGGUAUCAAUACAAGAGUCUAAUAAGUAUAGACGAUAAGUCGUUUCAUGAUGUGGAGCUAAGCUUAAGCAAGAAAACUGUAACAUGAGGGAAUUGAAAUCUUUUAAUAUGUAUAUGUAAUAUAAUUUAUGUAGAAUGAUUACGUAGUAGCUUUAAGUUAUAGUUAUUUGAGUGUCUGUCUUGUAAUGUAGAACACUCCAUAAAACAAUCAUAUAGUGUAUGUAAUCUCAUUUGGAAUUUUCUGAUGUAUUAAAAAUGGUAAAGUUACUAAAAAGCAUAAGAAGUUGUCUUU